GAUAACCAAACUUCCCUUUUCCCCAUCGCCUUUCGCCAAGGGUAGGGGGGUGUGCAUAGGCAAAAAUUAAACUCUGCUUAAAACUUUCUUAAGUGAAAGUUCAUACGUACACUUUUUUGUGCUUUAAAACUUUUUACUAACGCGUAUUCAAAGCGUGUGGGGACUUUUUCCAUCGCUAACUUUCACAACAUUUGAGACAACGUAACUUGAUCCAAGAUGAUUGACACAGUAACCGGAGCACAGCCAUUUGCUGUUCAGCUGAAGGCCAUGACUGAUCUGGAGGGCAGAUACCAACCGAAACUCAGUGGCUUAAGGCUCAUUGAGGGCUCCCAGGACAAUGGCCUCAGAAUGACUACCAGAUUGAGGGAGCUGGAGGUGAAGGACCUGCUGUCUCUGACCAGGUUCUUUGGUUUCAGCUCGGACACCUUCUCACUAGCCAUCAGCUUGCUAGAUCGAUUCCUCUCUGUAAUGAAGAUUCAACCAAAACACCUGUCCUGUGUGGGCCUGUGCUGCUUCUACAUUGCAGUGAAGUCCUCAGAAGAGGAGAAGAAUGUGCCUAUGGCCAACGACCUGAUCCGCAUCAGUCAGAAUCGCUUUACAGUGUCGGAUAUGAUGAGGAUGGAGAAGAUAAUCAUGGAGAAGCUCUACUGGAAAGUGAAGGCUCCCACAGCCCUCCGCUUUCUCCGCCUCUUUCACAGCCACAUCCAGGAGCAGCUCGAUGCUGAGAGCAAGACGAUCCUGAGCCUUGAGAGACUAGAAGCUCAACUGAAAGCCUGUCACUGCUCAUUUGUCUUCUCCAAAAUAAAGCCAUCUCUGCUUGCCAUGGCUCUCCUUUGUUUUGAGGCUGAGGAACAAUAUGACCCUGAGCACACUAACAACAUACAAGAAGCCAUUAAAAGUGUGCAGAAGCUUCUAAAUAUAAGAGAUGGGGACCUGGUUUGUGUGCGAGAGCUGGUUGGAAAAUGCCUGGCUGAAUAUGCCACCACCAAGUGCUCCAGGCCCAACACCCAGAGGCUCCGCUGGACUAUUUCAGGAAGAACUGCACGCCAGCUGAAGCACAGCUACUACAAGAUUACUCAUCUUCCAACCAUACCCGAGUCAGCUUGUUAAAUCCAGGGCUACGACUGGGUGGCCUAAUGUGAGGAUACAAAUUACAGCAGUCCCUAAACUGUAUUCAUUCUCUGAUUGGAUAUAAGUUUUGGUGACUUUCUCACAGUUUGGUCACCCACGUACGCCUUGACUUAUUUUCCUUACAGAUCUUCAUCACAGAUGGUGGACCUCUUUAAGGAAAUAUUUAUGUUCAGGUUUUUCCCCAAGUUUGUGUUAUACAUUGAUCAAGCAAACCAAAUUUCUGCCCCCAACGAUAAAAAGUAAUUCUCUGUCAGAAAGGUUAGCCUACUACCAUCUUGCAUAGUUUGACUUUCCUGGUUGAGUUGCUUGCACAAGUGUACAGUAUGUUCUUGUUUAAAUCCGUACCCAGGUAGUUGGUAUUUCCUGGAACGGGUUGCUAGUUUUAAGCUAAUAAGUAUGGAACCACCUAGGUCCUCAGUCCACCAUGUGGAAGAGGAGGGAGAAGGAUUUUGUGAACAGCAAAAAUGGAACCAAGAAAUCGGGCCCAAAAUCCUUAACUCCUACCCUAGGUUGCUAAAACUGUCCUAAUUGCACACUCCUACCCAAGGUGAUUUUUUUAUUUUUUUUAUGGCGAGGGAACUCCGGUUUCUCCGUUGAAGUGAGGCUAGUGAGGCUAGUGAGCCAUCAUGUAUGGUUAACAAAACUGUUGAAGGCUGUUUAGUCCUCCACAGUUAAAGAUGAGUUGUUUUCACAGAUUCUUGAUUUGUGUACACAGAGUGAAGCACCUCGUGUAUUAAUUGAUUUCAGUUGUCAAUUAUGCAGAGAACUCUAGAAAAAAAUGGUCAUUGCAGUGGAAACAUAGGUUGGAAUUUUGUUUUGAAUUUUCUUUGCCAAUUUCCCUGUCUAGUUUAAGUUUUUUUUAAAGAGGCAAAAUAAAAUGUGUUCUCAAAUUGAAAAUAGCAAAUUGAAUACACCAUCUGGUUAACCCAUGUACUUGUACCUUUCAAUAAAACUUUAUUGAAAAGCUA